GUUCUCUUCGUAGCCCCUUAGACCUGGUUUUUUUAAGUUAUAAAAGAGGCGCCACGAAAGCUUUCCAGAUCCCAAGCUCGGGGAUGCGGCGCGCGCCUGGCCGGCUCCAUCUCCGGGAAAAUCCUUGCAGGAGCCUCCUGUGAAUCGCUCUCUUUCCUUCCACCACCAGCCUCCGGGAAGCCGAGCCUUUGUUGGUCUCCUGUCGUCAAAGGAAGCGAUGCCAGAAGUUCUUUCGAGCAAUGAUCCUCUUGCAGCAAGCUGGAUUUCCUCCUGCUCCUCCUGAGAAGCUCCCAUCGCUUCCUAUGUCAGUGGGCACCAGGCCUGCAGCCAACUUGCGACUAUCCCCACAGAAACCUCUUGGACUGGGGUCGUCCUUGUCACUCGCGCAAGAUGAGGAACUUGCUACAGGGGUGGAGCAGGACCCUGUGCUGGAGGAACUUUGUAAGCCUUUGUGCUGCAGGCUUUGUAACGUCACGCUGAAUUCUGCACAGCAAGCCCAGGCUCAUUACCAGGGUAAAAACCAUAGUAAGAAACUUCGGAAUUACUAUGCUGCCAACAGCUGUCCAGCUCCUGCCAGGAUGAGCAGCUCCCUUGAGCCACCCACCCAACCGGUGGUUUCCCUUCCACCCCAGGGCGCUUCCUCAAAACCAGGAGGGCGGGUGAUCCUGGCCACGGAAAACGACUACUGCAAAUUGUGUGAUGCUUCGUUCAGUUCGCCGGCUGUGGCCCAGGCUCACUACCAAGGGAAGAAUCACGCCAAGAGGCUGCGCCUGGCCGAAGCUCAGAACAAUGCAUUAUUGGAGUCAUCAGAAGUGGUUGGAAAAAGGAAGAUGCGGAAAGUAGGGAACGAAUACAAGAUGAUGCAGAGCAGACGAAACAUCUAUGCCGUCCAGAGUAACACAGGCCCUUAUUUCAACCCUCGCUCCCGCCAGCGGAUCCCACGCGACCUCGCCAUGUGCGUCACCCCCAGCGGCCAGUUCUACUGCUCCAUGUGCAACGCCGGCGCCAGCGAGGAGGCCGAGUUCCGGCAGCACCUGGAGAGCAAGCAGCACAAGAGCAAAGUGUCUGAGCAGCGCUACAAGAACGAGAUGGAGAACCUUGGCUACGUACAAUGAGAUGGCGAUUCCCGCUGGCUCCUCCCUUCC